CUGGGCUUUAGGAGAUGUCUGGACGCGGCAAGCAGGGCGGCAAGGCUCGCGCCAAGGCGAAGACGCGUUCGUCCCGCGCCGGGCUGCAGUUUCCUGUGGGGCGCGUGCACCGCCUGCUGCGCAAGGGCAACUACGCCGAGCGCGUGGGCGCCGGCGCCCCGGUGUACCUGGCGGCCGUGCUGGAGUACCUGACGGCCGAGAUCCUAGAGCUGGCGGGCAACGCGGCGCGCGACAACAAGAAGACGCGCAUCAUCCCGCGCCACCUGCAGCUGGCCAUCCGCAACGACGAGGAGCUCAACAAGCUGCUGGGCAAGGUGACGAUCGCGCAGGGCGGCGUGCUGCCCAACAUCCAGGCCGUGCUGCUGCCCAAGAAGACCGAGAGCCACCACAAGGCCAAGGGCAAAUGAGGCUCCGGACACAGCUCCAAAACCAAAGGCUCUUUUCAGAGCCACCUACUGUUUCUGCUAAAGAACUGUGUACUCUGAUAAGCUCAUACAUACCUGGUUUUUUGGUGUAAAUUAGGACUUGCUCAAGAACAUUAUUCAAACCAGGGAAAGGUCAGGAGCUAGGUAUCAAACUGUCCAGGCCUCUCCCCUCCCUACACACACAUUGCUGCGUAAGGGUUUAGGGACGUAAAUUUAGGUUGAUAGCUCUAGUGAGCAUUGAACUAGCCUUCCUUUUCAUUCUUUUAUAAAUACAUCUUGCCCCUUGGGCUGCUAAAACUGCAGCCCCAACUCCAAGGCCAUUUUCAGAACUACCUCCUUAC